AUGAGCUCGUACUUCGUCAAUCCGCUCUUCCCCAAGUACAAAGGCGGCGAUUCCCUGGACGCCGCCCCGUUCUACGAUUGCCGCUUCCCGCAGGCCGUGAGCCGCAGCCCCGCCGUCCUCUACGGCCCCGCGGGGGCCGCCCCGUCCUUCCAGCCCCCUGCCCACCACGUCCAGGAUUUCUUCCACCACCCUUCGGCCUCGCCCAUCUCCAACGCUGCCUACCAGGGCAACGCCCCGUGCGCCCUCGCUUGCCACGGAGCCGCGGGCGACUCCGCCAAGUUCUACGGCUACGAGGCUUUGCCUCGCCAAGCCAUCUACGCGGGCGCGCAGCAGGACGCGGGGCACUACGCGGAUUGUAAAUCUUCCUCUUCUUCUUCUUCUUCCUCGUCCGCGUCUUCCGUCAACUCCGCCAUCGGCGCCGCGCCCGAUGUUGGCCAAGGGCACCUCGGGCAGAGCUCGUCGCCCAGUCUCAUGUUCCCCUGGAUGAGACCGCACGCCCCGGGCCGGCGCAGCGGCCGCCAGACGUACAGCCGCUACCAGACGCUGGAGCUGGAGAAGGAAUUCCUGUUUAACCCUUACCUGACCCGCAAGCGCCGCAUCGAGGUGUCGCACGCGCUGGGGCUCUCGGAGCGCCAGGUGAAGAUUUGGUUCCAGAAUCGCCGCAUGAAAUGGAAAAAAGAGAACAACAAAGAGAAACUGCCCGGGGCGGGCCGAGAGGACGAGAAAAACGACGAGGAAGGCAACGAGGAAGAGGAGAAGGACGAGGAGGAGAAGGAGGAGAGCAAGGAUUGA